UGCUGUAGCAGGUGAACUAUGGCAAGGGCUUUGUUCAAGGCAUGAGUCCCAAAGUAAGUUCAGUGUUCACAGCAGACUGCCCAGCAGAAGCAGUGGUGGGACAAAACUGGUGCUGGCUUAUGUGGAUGGGGUCAGUUGUAGGCCUGGAAAAGCAGGAUGAACCUGAUGAGCAGGUAAGAUUUCCUCCUUUUUCCAAAGCGCUCCAUGAUAGCCUGCCUUGUCAAUCUCCACACAGCUUUCCCCAUCAGGAUGUUCCUGUGUCUGCAGUUUCUGUACUGUAUACAAAGACUUUGUGUCUGGAUUUAUUUUUUUCAAUACACUUAUUUCUCCAAAACACUGCACAGGCUCUUAGGAGAAAUCUCCUUGCAAUGAUGUCCUGCUGCUCCUCUGCUUUCUUCAGGAGAGCAAAGGAAGAGAGCAAAGCUGCCUGUGUUGCAACCACUGCAAAAAACUGCUGUUUCACAAGUGAGGUGUGAGAUUGCCAAGGAGAGCACCCAAAAGGCUGUUUCCAGAGUUGAGCAGCAGACGCAGAACUGAUCAAAUAUGCCAGAACCAUUGUCCUUGAAGUUCUGGAAACCAUGAAGGAAGGUGUAAGAGGAAGAAAGGAGAUCCAAGCAACAAAGAGAAUCUUCAACCAGGGAAGGUCCUGACACUGCUCAGCCUUCCUGUGCCAGUCACACCUUCAAAGGAAGCAGGGACAAUUGAAACGGGGGAGCUCAGGUACUCUCCUCCCAUCCCUCCUGCAAGGCACUGAGUAAGGUGCCCAGAGGGCAGCAGGAGGCCUUCAGCAAGCCCAGGAUUGUACCUCCAGAGCCACAGCAAGGUCUUCAGUGCACUUGUGGGAAACUGAAUAUACACAGGCCAGAGAGCACAGGGAGGCUUCCAAGGCAGCCCCUGCCUUUAUCACUGGAGCUGAUGGGGAAGACAGUGACCAGGAGUCCCUGCUGAAUGGAAGGAGCCACGAAGGCUGCUAAAGUCCAUGUCGGGAUUUGCACAGGAGCAGGAGCAGCACCACCUCCAAAGGAUAAAAAACACCCAGGAAGCAUGGCAAGACAAUCUGGGUGGGCAAAUGGGACGAAAGCAGCAGCUUGAGUGGGCAAACAGGACAAACACUGCAGUUUGAGCAGUAAACGGCCAUAACACUGCUGUUUGAGCAGGCAAAUGCUGCAGUUUGUGUGAGCACAGAGGCCAUGAUGCAGCAAGACAUGGCUGAGCUGCAGGAGGUAGUCAAAUGGCUGAGGGACAUCAUGGAGGCUGGGAGAAGGCUGAAGUGCUGGCUUCAAGGCCAGACUUGGGGGGACCACUGCACAGAGCCCACAGAUGUCCCUCCUGGUACACACAGAAAGGUGGGAGCGCAUUAAUCCAGCGGGCUGGGAACCUGUAACUGAAACAACAAAAGGAGGAGGAAAAGGACAAAUAAAAGCAAGGAGCUUCCUCCAAAGCCUGCCAUUCCCACCCAGAACCGCUUCACAGCUCUGCAGGGGGGCUAACGGGGUGUUACCUGCCACAACAGAACAACAGCCAGUUGCCCCACCAAUAGAGAGAGCUACCAGUGCUUCCAGGAAAAGGGAGCGGGUGGUAGUAGUGGGUGACUCUAUUUUGAAAGGUACAGAGGCACCCAUCUGUCAACCUGACCCACUCAGGGGAGCUGUGAUGCCUGCCCUGAGCUUGGAGCAGAGGUGUUGCCAAGAGACUGCCCAGUUUAGGUAAGUCCCACUGACUACUACCUGCUUCUAGUGGUCCAUGUGGGUGCUGGUAAUCAUAGAACCAGCUAGGUUGGAAAAGACCUGUAAGAUCAUCAACUCCAACUAUACUGCCAGGAUUGCCAGUAGUGAUAGAGCCAGCAGUAGUCUGGGGAGCAUGACCCAUGGUAGGGGACAUGCUGUAGGCCAGAGGUGCUCUGUGGCAGCAGCAAUGGUACCUCUGAGGUCUACAGCCUGUGGAGGAGUCCUGGCAGAGCAGAAAGAAUGUGUGAGAGGGACAGGGCAACGGAAGCGCAAGGAGGGGAAGGCAAAGCAUGGUGGAGAGGAGCCAUCCUGUACCCAUGCAGAAUGUCAGGCACUGCCUGCUACCUCCUGGGAGAGUCCGAGGGUGACUUGGUCCCCCCAGGCUGUUGUGUAGAUACAGGACAUGCUGGCUAUCUAUGGCAUCCUUCAUUCCCCACAGCUAUCUGCUUUGUCCCCUGCCAGAAGGCAAAAAGGCGUGUGUGUGCUGGAACAAAGGUUCCUGGAACUCCAUCUGGUCUUCCCAAUAAAAUCUCAGGAGCUCAUUUAUGACCUGGGUUUGGGCAUUGCCUUAAUUCCCACAUGCUGAUGGUAAAGCUUCUACCCGUUUUGACUGACUUUCUCUACAAAUGCAGCUCUAGUGCCUGCAUAGGAAACUGCAUAUACUCGGGCCAGGAGGCACUGCAGGCACUCUCACAGCUUCCAAAGCAGCCCCUGCCUACAGUUGGUCCAAAGCCUCCUGUCCGAGCAGGAUCAUAUUUGUUCUUGUGCUGUUUCAUGCUAUUCACAUGCACAUGAAUGGGUGUUCCAAAUGUGUGGCCAGAUGGGCUUCAGGCAGGCCCUGGCGUGGCCGGGCAGUUGCAUGGCAACGCAUCAAUGGAACAAUGGGGCGACUGCUUUACAGAGCAGCAUCUGUGGUGGCUGCCACUGGGUGCCUCUGGAGUGAGAUGUGCCAGCGCAGUCUUACAGCCCCAGGAAAACACUUGGAAUAGCCAUGGAGCACCCUCCCGCUGCUGGCCAUGGAGGCACAGACAUGCAGCCCAGCGCAGAGAGGAAGCGGGCAAAGAGGAGUAACAAGCUGAUGCUCAGGAGCAGGAGACCGUUACCGGCAGAAGGACGUACUCACCUGCUGGAUCUGCCGCUCGGCGUCAAGAUCCCUCUGCACCCCAGCACCAAGCCUAUCUUCUGCAGGGCAGUACUAGGGGCAAAGCUUUUCCAGUCUUCAGGCUUUUUCAACCUGGAAGAUCCCUACUGCCGCCUGCUGAACAUGGAAUACAACAGCCUGCAUGACCCACAUCUGCAGGCCUACCACCAUCGCAAGGACCACCUGCAGAUGCUGAAGAGAAAGGGUUGCAUCACCUAUGAUGGCAAAGUGGUUUGCACUUUGAAGCAGUUCAAUGAGUACAGGCAGUAUCUGGUCAGGCUCAAGGUGGAUACGGAGAACAUGUUCAGGCGAGAGGAGCACGAGCUUUGGCAAGAACUGGACGAAUUAGAGGGUGCUGCUGAUCUGCCAGAUGAGCUGCACAUUUCUCAGCUGCGAGAGUGGCUGGUGCACGAGCAAAGAAAGAGGUUGCCAAGUGAAGAGAGGGCAAGGAGAGAGAGGAUUCUCGCUGCCAUUGAGAAACGGAUCAGUAGACUGGAGGCACUGGAAAAAGUGCAAUACCUCUUCCAGCGAGCCGGCUGCAAAAUGAAUCCAGGAAAGAGGAGAGACGCAGCCAGCACACUACAGGGUGCGCCUUCUGAGUGUGCCAGAGAAGCAGCGCCUGAGAACAUAUCCCAGCUGCAGGUUUCACUGACUGAAGAAGAGGAGGAGCUUCGAGACUUGGCUGAGGACAAGGUCAAGACAGUGAUGGCGCAGGAUCAGUCCCACCAUGCCUCAGGGAAGGCUCCCUAUAGGGUCAAAGGAAGGUUGUUUGCCGUGUCCAGUCAGGCAGAGCUUUUGCAGGUUUACAUGGAUCUCCAGGACAAAACUAGACUGGUGGCUCAGGAGAUUGUGACAGCAGUGUUGGAGACCUUGUUGGAGCAUUUGGCAUCCAGUGGGCCAGGUGCCAGAAGAGCCUCCGUAGUGAGCAAAUCUGGAGAAGAACCAGCAGCCUCCAGCAGAGCAUCUUUGCAGACUUGCAUUGAUGGAAUGACAGUAGAGGCUGUUGACAAUGUUAGCUCCAUCUUGUCAUCCUUUGUAGGAUGCUGUUCAUUUUACAAGUGCCUGAACUGUCAGGAUGUGUCAAGGCCAGGAUCACCCCGACCGCUGCAACAGCAGAUCCCAGGAGCAAGCGAGGCAACGUCCAUGCAAAGCCCGGCUACUGUCUCCAGAGCUGAGCAGCAGGAUGCAGAGAUCGAGUAUGUCAGAGCCGUUGUCCUUGAAGUUCUGGAAACUGUGAAGGAGAUGUUAAAGAAGAAAAGUAAGCACAUGCCAAGAGCCCCACGCAGGCUGUAGGAGCCCCUGCAGCCCAACUCAUUACAGAGGGAAGUGGAUGGGGACCCAAAGAGAUGGCCCUGGGCAGCUCCAAGAAUAAACAGUUUAUUCCCAA